AAGUUGGCAGAUCUGUGGCAGACAUCUUUGACAUAACUCUCCACUUCCGUUCCGUUCUUUUUGGUGUAGAAUAAAAAUCUAUAAAGAUGGGUCGUAUGCACGCUCCUGGUAAGGGUAUUUCCCAAUCAGCACUUCCCUACAGACGUACGGUGCCUUCUUGGCUCAAAUUGAAUGCCGAAGAUGUGAAAGAUCAUAUCAAGAAAUUGGGCAAAAAGGGCAUGACUCCUUCCAAAAUUGGUAUCAUUCUUCGUGAUUCGCAUGGUGUGGCACAGGUACGUUUUGUGAAUGGUAAUAAAAUCCUGCGUAUCAUGAAAUCCGUUGGACUCAAACCCGACAUCCCUGAGGAUUUGUACCACAUGAUCAAAAAGGCUGUUGCCAUCCGUAAGCAUUUGGAGCGUAAUCGCAAGGACAAGGAUGGUAAAUUCCGUUUGAUUUUGGUUGAAUCCAGAAUCCACAGAUUGGCUCGCUACUACAAGACAAAGAGUGUUCUGCCACCCAACUGGAAAUACGAAUCCAGCACCGCUUCCGCAUUGGUAGCUUAAUUAUAUUCCACGACAACAACUUCGUUGGGAUGUUUUAUUUUUUUUACAUGUAAAAGAUACAUAGAACGUGAAAUAAAAAAUGUGAGAUAUUAAGUGUA